AAGAGAACGAAUCAAACCCUGCCACACACACACACCCUAGAAGACGACAACGACCGAGACAAAGAGGACUUAUUCUUAUCGAUGUAUAAUAACUUCAAACCGACCUUUGAAUUUUCCAGAUCGUGAAACCAGAAGCCAAACCAAGCUUUACAAACUUCCGCUCCCAAACCGAUGAAUCCAAUCCAAUCGCCACAAGCACUAACCGCUCCGGUUAAGAACCGUCCUCGCCGCCGUCUAGACCUCUCCUUACCACUUCCUCAACGCGACGUUUCCCUCGCCGUACCUCUCCCCCUCCCACCAACUUCCUCCUCAGAGCCUAAGAGCUACUCAGACUUAGUACGUGGCGACCGAAUCGGAAGCGGAGCCGGUGGAACUGUCUACAAAGUAGUUCACCGUCCAACCUCUCGCGUGUACGCGCUCAAGAUAAUAUCGGGUAACCACGAUGAAACUGUUCGUCGCCAAAUCUGCAGAGAGAUCAAGAUUCUCCGAGACGUGAACCACCCGAACGUAGUGAAAUGUCACGAGAUGUUCGAUCAAAACGGAGAGAUCGAGGUUUUGCUUGAGUUCAUGGAUAAAGGAUCUUUAGAAGGUGCUCAUGUGUGGAACGAGCAUCACUUAUCUGACCUCUCUCGUCAGAUAUUAAACGGUUUGGCUUAUCUUCACCGCCGUCAUAUAGUCCAUAGAGACAUCAAGCCUUCGAAUCUACUUAGAAAUUCUGAAAAUAACGUCAAGAUUGCUGAUUUUGGAGUGAGUAGGGUCUUGACUCAGACCAUAGAGCCUUGUAACUCCUCUGUUGGGACCAUUGCUUACAUGAGUCCUGAGAGAAUCAACACGGAUUUGAAUCAGGGCAUGUACGAUGGUUGUGCUGGUGAUAUUUGGAGCUUUGGUGUUUGUGUUCUUGAGUUCUUCUUGGGGAGGUUUCCUUUCAAUGCGAAAGGUGAUUGGGCCAGUCUUAUGUGUGCUAUUUGUAUGUCCCAGCCGCCUGAAGCUCCGGAGAAUGCGUCUCCCGAGUUUAGACACUUUGUUUCGUCUUGCUUGCAGAGAGAACCAGCGAGGAGGCAAACCGCGGUUCAGCUUUUGCAACAUCCUUUUGUGCGUCAGAAUAGGUCUCCUCAGAAUCUAUAUCAGCUCUUGCCUCAUCCUAUGUCGUCGUCUUCUUCAUAGCAUUUGGUCUCAGUCCUUUGCUACUGUUCUUGAAUGUUGUCCAUUUCUUUGCAAGCUUUUGCAUUACUUAUCAAGACGGGUCUGGUUUAUGAGGAGUAAAAACAAGAAUUUUGGAAAGUGGAGAUAUGGUAUAGGGAUGAUUUUGUAUCUCUUUUUGUUGGUUAAUGUUUACUAGAAAGGGAAAGAACAAUGUGAAAUUCUUAUGCGUAAUCAUGGCAAUAACAAAUGUAGCUUACCGAAAUUGUUGAAUUUUCAUAAAAGUUUUGCCUUGUUCCUG